GGGGCACAGGCCCGGGGACCCCCAAAUCCUGAAAUGUACCGGUCCUUCCCGCCGUUCCGCUCCAGGCCGCGCACCUUUCACGGCAGGUUUUGAUUCCCACCAUGGCCAUCACUCAGUUUCGGCUAUUUAAAGUUUGUACCUGCUUAGCAACAGUAUUCUCAUUCCUAAAGAGAUUAAUAUGCAGGUCUGGCAGAGGAAGAAAAUUAAGUGGAGACCAAAUAACUUUGCCAACUACAGUUGAUUAUUCUUCAGUUCCAAAGCAGACAGAUGUAGAGGAGUGGACCUCCUGGGAUGAAGAUGCACCCACAAGUGUAAAGAUUGAAGGAGGGAAUGGCAAUGUGGCAUCACAACAAAAUGCUUUGGAACAACUGGAACCAGACUAUUUUAAGGACAUGACACCAACUAUAAGGAAAACUCAGAAAAUUGUUAUUAAGAAGAGAGAACCAUUAAAUUUUGGCAUCCCAGAUGGUAGCACAGGUUUCUCCAGUAGACUAGCAGCUACACAAGAUAUGCCUUUUAUUCAUCAGUCGUCUGAAUUGGGUGACUUAGACACUUGGCAAGAAAAUACUAAUGCAUGGGAAGAGGAGGAAGAUGCAGCCUGGCAAGCAGAAGAAGUUCUGAGGCAGCAAAAAAUAGCAGACAGAGAAAAGAGAGCAGCAGAACAACAAAGGAAGAAAAUGGAAAAGGAAGCACAGAGGCUAAUGAAGAAGGAACAGAACAAAAUUGGUGUGAAACUUUCGUAACAAAUACUCUUCAAUGUCAUUGUGCCAGUAGGAGAAAUCUGAGCUCCACAACCCAUACAACAUUUGUAUGGAUUUAAGAGUAUUUAUGGAAUACAAAUACACUGCUUGAUUUUAAUGCAUUCAUCAGGCCAUUCAGGAGACCAAGAUUCUCCCAAAGUACUUGGAACUCUUAGUGAUUGAGACUCAAAAGGACAGAACAGAUGUACGCAACUAUUUUCUUCAACAUUCUCCAGAUAUACAACAUUGUUUGCUGUAGAAAAAUUAUUACAAAUGGAAUAUACCAGUACCUCUCAAGCUAGUGUUUCUAGCUAAAUAAAUGGGUGUAAAUAAUUUUAUGAUGGAAAAGAACUCUGCUAUCUAUUAUGUUUUCCUUCAAUGUGUAUAAUUAUAAAAUAAAUAAUUCUGCUAUU